AUGGAUGCUUAUGAUAGCUCAAAGAUCUACAAGGAGAGGACUAAGGCUUUUCAUGACAAGAAUAUCUUGAGGAGAGAGUUCAAAGCUGGAGAUCAAGCGCUACUCUACAACUCUAAGCUGAAAUUGUUUCCCGGGAAGCUCAAGUCUAGAUGGACGGGACCUUACAAGAUUAAAAAAGUGAGGCCAUAUGGAGCUGUUGUGCUAUGGGACAAGAAGGGAAUGGAAUUUGUUGUUAUCGGUCAAAGAAUCAAGCAAUACAUGGCCAGAAUACCAAAGGAGGAUGGGACAUUAACCCCACUCUCUGAUCCUUCCAUUACCUAA